AUGGCUAGCUAUAUCCUGUGUGACAAAUGCGAUUACAAGUCAACCCUGCUGAAUAACGUCACCAGACAUCUCGGUUCGAUUCACAAUGCAACAGAUGAAGACAUAAAGGAAUUCAAAAAGCAACUUGCUUUGAGCAGGUCCGUGGAUCGAAAUGGGGGUGUGGCUUGGGAGUGCACCACAUGUGGAUUGACUCUACCGUCCAAGAAUGGAUUAGUGACGCAUCGAAGAAGAAAGCAUCCAAAAGUUACAAAUCUCCCCGAUGCGCCUGUAGAUCCUGCUACAAUUUCACUCGAGGAUGAUAUUAUCGUUCUGCCACCACCUCCAACGGCGAUACAGCCACCCCCAGCAAAGAAGAUUUGUGUAUCGGCUUCUGAGCACCGUUCUGUGACCUUGCGACAGCAAUCCGCCGCCCCACGUAACAAGUCUAAAAACGCUGACGAAAAUUCUGCAAAGGGGACCGUUCUAUGCCCUGUUGAAGACUGCGGCUCGAAUUUUGCAACUCGAUUGGAACUGGCUCAGCACUUUUCAGAAUUUCAUGAGCCCGAAUCGGAAGUUGAAUAUACUAACUUUCAAACUACGGUAGAAUUCCAGAACUGGCUGAGUGUGCGAGAGCGAGAUUCUUGCACCAGCUUCCGAGUUCGAUCUAGCGAGGACAUGUCGAGUCGACUCGCUGUGUAUCGUAUUUGCCGUCAUGAAGGUCACUACAACUCGACUGCCAAGAAGAUGCUCGUGGGCCCAUCAAGGAAAAUGACUGGAUCUCAUCAUUGUCCAUCGUUUCUGUCUAUAUAAAAAAGAUGUAUUGAGUGGAACUAUUCAAGCGGUGGGAUAUUUCGAGCACUACGGACACGAAAAACGUCCAGGCUUCCGGCUGCUCAAUGAGCAAGAAAUUUCAAAACUUGUUCGGUUCAUGAAAGACGGGUUUUCGAAUGUUCAAAUUAUUCGUAAAUGUGAUAAGGAGUACGAUCUGACAAGCCGACUUGCAAAUAUAGUACCAUCUGAUUUGAGGUACUUGCGAAAAAAGUACAACCUUGCCGAAGGCCGCCUCGAUGAAAAUGAUUUCAUUUCUUUGCAAAAAAGAGUGGAUAGAAAUUGGCCGGAAGAUGGCAUCAGGUUUUUCUCACCACCAAGAGAUGAUGGAGCAGGUUUUUUAAUGGUUGUUAUGACACCUGACCAAAAAGAGCUGUGCGAGAGAUACGGGAACGAUGGAAUCUGUAUUGAUGACACUCACAACCCAUCUAAAUACAAUCUCAAGCUCACAACAAUGCUGGUAGUAAAUGGUCAUGGUCGUGGAAUUCCAGUCGCCUAUAUGAUCUCAUCUACAGUAACCCAGGAAGAUGUCAAGCAAUUAUUUGAAUGCAUUGUUAAAGAAAUUCCAGACUUUCAUCCACAAUACUUCAUGUCAGAUGAAGCACAUGCUUUCUGGAAUGGAUAUAACUGUGUUCUCAAAAAUCACAAAACUCAGCGACUCUGGUGCAUCUGGCACGUGCAAAGAGCUCUCUUCGAAAAUGCUGACAAACUUCUUCCAAAAUGCGAGGCUGAGACAGUUAAAGGAACUCUGACAUCGAUGAUGGGAGAGCCUACGAAAGCAAAGUAUGAAAAUCUUUUGGCUACACUAUUGGAACAUUUGGAAAAUGAUUGUGAGAACGGCAAACAAUACGCGGAUUACUUCAGAAGAAGUCAUUUAGAUUAUGAUAAGUUGUGGGCUGGUUGCUUUCGUCGUGGAGCUCCUUUCCAGACGUCGAUGUUCAGCGAAAGUUGGCACGCAGCUCUGAAAAAAGAACACCUGCAACUCCACACGAAUAUUCGAAUUGAUGCCUUGUUGAAAGUGUUAUAUGAUGCUUUUGAAUGGGUGGUUCGCAAACUUGCUAAGCAGUCAGGACGAUGUUUGAAAACCGCUUCAGCCCGUAAAGCGCAAAAUUUGCGAAAUUGUGCCAAGGCUAAGCUUCAAGCUGAGGAUUACAUCCUCUCACAAAACGAGAAAGGAGAUUUCGAAAUUGAGGCUAAAGCUUCUGGAAAAGUUUACACUGUUGAAGACUUACUGGGAUGCUCUUGUGCCAAGGACGAGAACUGUCACUGUUCCUGUGGAGCUUGCUGGACACGUUUCCUUUGUACUUGUCCUGGCCAGAAAAGUGGUGUAAGCUGCAAACAUGUCCAUAUGGCAAUUGCAUCAGGCCAUUUGUUAGAAAAUGAGACCAACACGCCUGCAACUGACCGUGAUGAUAUGGACAUGGAGCCAUUCCAAAACAUCCCUCUUCCAGCUCCACAUCAACCAUUCAAUGCACCUUCGACGAUGGGCUUCACGUAUGAGGCUGAAAAAUUGUACAAUGAAUUUAUGCAGGAAAAUGACGUGUUGUGUAGGAAGAUGAGGCAAUAUAAGAAGUCAAGUAGCGCCGAGUCCCUGGAAACUAUGCGAAAAAAUCUCGAAAUUGUUCGUGAAGCGAACAAGAAUACUCCUGGAACCAGCCAGGUCUUAACAGUUCGCCGAGAUGCUCAUCUUCCAUAUAGAACAGCAACGCAGACUAUGAAUCGUAUUGUGCGACGCAAAAAGGGAGACAGAAAGCGAUCGAAUAAACUUCUAGCUUCUUCUUUGCCACCCAAGAAAGACGUGUCUAUUUGCAGCAAAUGCCACUUUGCGGAUCCCGUUCUUGAUUCGGAUAUUCACGAGACAGACUUCGAAUCAAUCGUCACUGAAUGGCUCCGAUGCUCUACAUGCAAGCUGCCCGUACACUUCGUCUGCUCACAUGAUGGUUGCCCCAGCUGUGGUGGCACUUUGGAGUCAUACUUACCUGACGAAGUGGACACGCAGAACUCAUCUUCCGAAGAUGACGAUCAGGAAGAGGGUGACGAAGAGAAUCUGACAAUUCGACUCGUUUCAUCCCGAGCUGGUUGAUU